GGGGCUCGGCCUGGCCCGGACACCAUGAUCUGCGGCUGGAGGAAGAAAUCGCGGCCGGAGCAGCCUCCGCAGGAAGGCGACGGCACCGGGCGCCCGGACCGAGCCUUAAACAAACUGGGCCUGACAGAUGAUGAGGACAUCAAGGUGAUGCUGAAUGGCUCCUUUCUCUGGAAGAUCAAGUCACGCAGACGGAAGAAGGAGCGGUUCUACCGCUUGCAGGAGGACGGCUUGACCAUCUUGUCUGAGUGCUGCUUUAAACGGGCUCGCUCCAAGCAGAUCUUCUCCAUCAUGCACAUCGAAGCCAUGCGGGAGGGCUACCAGUCUGAGGGCCUCCGCAAGCACGGCCGCUACUUCCCGGAGACACAGUGCCUCACCAUCGUCUUCAAGGGCCGGCGGAAGAACCUGGACCUGGCUGCCCAGAGCGAGGAGGAGGCGAAGAGGUGGGCCCGGGGGCUGAAAAAGCUGAUGGCCAAGGUGGAAGCCAUGAGCCAGCGAGAGAAGCUUGAUCACUGGAUCCAUGACAUCCUGCACCGAGCCGACAAGAACAAGGACAACAAGAUGUCCUUCAAGGAGAUCAAGGACAUGCUGAAGAUGAUCAAUAUUGACAUGAACGACAUCUACGCCUACCAGCUUUUCCAGGAGUGCGAUAAGUCCAGCAACGACCGGCUGGAGGAGCACGAGAUCGAGCAGUUCUGCACCCUGCUGAUGAAGCGGCCGGAGCUGGAGGAGCUCUUCCACCGCUACUCGGGGCAGGACUGCGUGCUGUCGGCCAAGGAGCUGGGGGCGUUCCUGCAGGACCAGGGCGAGGCGGCCGACCUGGCGCACGCCCACAGGAUCAUCCAGACCUAUGAGCUCAGCGAGAAAGCCAAACAGCAUGACCGCAUGAUGCUGGACGGGUUCAUGAUGUACCUGCUGUCUGCGGCUGGUGACAUCCUGAACCAGGAGCACACCAACGUCUACCAGGACAUGAGCCAGCCCCUCUGCCAUUACUUCAUCUCCACCUCCCACAACACCUACCUGACCGACAAUCAGAUCGGGGGGGCCAGCAGCACGGAAGCCUACAUCAGGGCGUUCAUGGAGGGCUGCCGCUGCGUGGAGCUGGACUGCUGGGAGGGCUCCAAUGGGGAGCCCAUCAUCUACCAUGGCCACACCCUGACCUCCAAGAUCCUCUUCAGGGAUGUCAUCGAGAUCAUCCGGGACUACGCCUUCAAGCACUCCUCGUACCCCGUGAUCCUGUCCCUGGAGAAUCACUGCGGGCUGGAACAGCAGGUGACCAUGGUUCGGCACAUGAAGGCCAUCUUGGGGGACAUGCUGCUGACCCAGACACUGGAUGGGCAGGUCCCCAAGGAGCUCCCGUCACCAGAGCAACUGAAAGGGAAGAUCCUGGUGAAAGGGAAGAAGCUGUUGGACCCAGUGUGUGACCCUGAAAACAUGAGCUUCCUCUCCGACACCAACGAGGAAGAGGAGGAGGAGGAGGAAGAGGAAGAGGAGAGAGUGCUGCAGAGGGAGCGCAGGAGGUCGUCCCAUUCGCUGCAGGAGAUCAGGCCGUUCCAGGCGAAGGACGCGGCGCAGCUCUGCCAGCAGCUCUCCGACCUGGUGGUGUACUGCCAGGCCGUGCCCUUCCAGAGCCUGGCGCAGGCGCUCGGGAGCCAGCAGGCCGGCCAGAUGUGCUCCUUCAGCGAGAGGAAGGCCAGGAAGCUCCUCAAGGAGUCGGGGAACGGCCUGGUCCGGUACAACGCCCAGCACCUGAGCCGCAUCUACCCCUUGGGGCUGAAGAUGAACUCCUCAAACUACAACCCCCAGGAGAUGUGGAACGCCGGCUGCCAGCUAGUGGCUCUCAACUUCCAGACGCCCGGCUGGGAGAUGGAUCUGAACCACGGGCGGUUCCUGGUGAACGGGCGCUGUGGCUAUGUGCUCAAGCCCAGCUUCCUGCGGAGCCGCCAGGCCUCCUUCGACCCCGAGAGCGGACGAGGGCCCGGCCACAGAGCCGCCCUGCAGGUCAAGGUGAUCACGGCCCAGCAGCUCCCCAAGCUGAACGACAAGAAGAGCUCCAUCGUGGACCCCUUCGUGCGCGUGGAGAUCCACGGCGUGCGAGCCGACUGCGCCAGUAAACAGACUGAGUACAAGCUCAACAACGGGUUCAAUCCACGCUGGGAUGAGACUCUCAGCUUCCAGCUGCGGGUGCCAGAGCUGGCCUUGGUGCGCUUCGUGGUGGAAGAUUACGACACCACCUCCUGCAACGACUUUGUGGGGCAGUUCACCCUGCCCUUCGUCAGCCUGAGGGAAGGGUAUCGUCACAUCCACCUGCUCUCCAGGGACGGGGCAUCCCUGGCGCCGGCCACUCUCUUUGUGCACAUUAAAACCAAGAAGAUGUGAGAGCCCGAGGACGAGGAUCAGCACCCGGAUGGUGGUGAGCGGGGGAGAUCAGCACCUGGGCAGCUGUGGCAGGACUCGAGGAGCCGGCUGAACGUUAACCUCCUUGGCUGGGUGCGGGGAGGCCCAGCCAGACCUACGCCUGGGGGCUGGGCUGCAGGGGGAGAUGGGCCGUCUGCUCAAUUUCAGCUAUUGUGCCCAGGGCCUAGCUGCUGCAACAGCAGAGGAGACUGGUUUGGUUCCCAUCCCCCUAGAGUAACCUGGUGAGGUCUAAAUCCCUCCAGGACUCCAGCCUCUGCAGCCAGCUCCUCCCCGGGGCCACGGGCUGCACCCGUUACCCAGGGCGCUGCCGGAACCAGGCCCGAGGAAGGGACUUGUACUGGUCAGGAUCCUACGGCAGGGGCAGUUGUAAAGCAGGUGGGUAGAUGGGGGACAUUUUUUCUAGCUAGUUGGCAUUGAUUUAGCUCCAUGCCCGCUCCCCCGUGCAUCACCCAGGCACACGCGCCUACCCACACUGAUGGGGAGUCGGGACGGACGGACGGAUAAACAGACGUUCCAGUUAACCCUUGAGCGGCCUCACUACGUGCUGUGAGCUGAGCCUGAUGCUUGGUGACAGCUGCGCGGGCCUGCAGGGCCUGAGGCAUGAGCACAGCCACCUGCGUGGUUUGUAAAGUGGGUCCUAGAGCCAAGGGCCUGUUCCAAGCUGUAGAAUAUAUUGUAAAGCGAUUAAUAAAAAGUUUAUUUUA